CAUGUCCGCCCCCCAGGCAGCGCCCCACCAGGGCCCCGAGGCCCCCACGCCCCGCUGCUACCUGCUGAAGAAGGCGCCGCCCCCUCGCGAGGCAGGGGUCAAAGGGGGUGGCGCCCCAACCUCUCCCACGGCUGCCGCCCCCGCACCCCCUACUCCCCCCGACAUGGCGGACCAGGAGGCCCAGACCCGUGUGUACCACGAGCUGCGCGCGGCGGACCCGUGCUUCACGUGCACGCUGCAGUACUACCCUGACCACGCCUACCCACACCUGCAGGCCGCGCCCACGCCGCCGCACGCCCCCACGGACUUCCAUCAGCCUGCCCACUCCUUCCUGUCCAGCCCCCGCCUGCUACCUCCACCGCCGGCCCUGUGCCUGCGCUCGGGCCAGCAGCAUCAGCAGGUGGGGUCACCGCCUCCCGCUCAGCAGACGGCGUGCGCCCCCGCCCACACCUUCACGCCGCUUCACCUGCGUCCCGUGGAGGAGACGGAGGCUGCUCACGACCUGCUGGAGCUGGCCCGCUCGGCGCCUGCCCACACCUACCAGCCUCCCACGCCCGCGUCCUCCUGCGACUCCCUUGAGGCGCCGUGCACCAGCCACGCUGAGGCGGCUGCGGCGGGCGAGGUGGGUGAGGUGACGGGCGUGGAGGACAGCGAGGGCAGCCUCACCGCCACGCCCACGCCCUCACCGGCCGGCAGCAGCGACGCUGAAAACGUAGCGCCCGUGCCACUGGGGCUUGACGACGGGCGGUCGCGCGUGCGGGGCGUGCGCAGCGAGGGCGGGCGCGUGGGGCGCCACAAGCCGCGGUACACGUGCUCUGAGUGCGGCAAGCACUACGCCACCUCGUCCAACCUCUCGCGCCACAAGCAGACGCACCGCGACCUGGACUCGGGCAGCGCGCGACAGUGUCACGUGUGCGGCAAGGCGUACGUGAGCAUGCCGGCGCUGGCCAUGCACGUGCUGACGCACAGCCUGACGCACCGCUGUGGCGUGUGCGGCAAGGCCUUCUCGCGCCCCUGGCUGCUGCAGGGACACAUGCGCUCCCACACGGGCGAGAAGCCCUUCGGCUGCGCCCACUGCGGCAAGUCCUUCGCAGACCGAUCCAACCUGCGCGCGCACAUGCAGACACACUCCCAGCUCAAGAACUUCAGGUGCAAACGCUGCAACAAGUCCUUCGCCCUCAAGUCGUACCUCAACAAGCACUACGAGUCGGCGUGCUUUCGGGACGGGGCGUGCGGGGAGGCGUGCCCGUGACCUGGGGCGUCACGCGGGGCGGGGCGGAGCGGCAGGGCGGCGCGGCACCCCAGGUGAAGGGCCGCACCGCCGCGCCGCCGCGCUGGCACAGCCGCACGCCGCGGCCUUGGCGCCCCACACCCUGAAGGAAAAACAAAGUGCUUUAAUUUGCUCUGUAAAUCUCUAUUUUACUCCAAACAUUGUGAUCUGUGAUUCCCAGGGCGCUGCGCCGCGCCCCCUGCCAGGCGCCGCCACCACCACUACUACCACCACCACCACACCCUCUAAGUCUAAAGUCUCAACGCCACGGGCCCCAGACAGAAACACAGCCCCGCCCCGCCUCGCGUUCCGCCCCGAGCCCACGCAGGCCGGUGGGGCGUGGAAGGGGCGGGCGCCCCCGGGCCACACGCCACGCCACGCCACGCCGCGCCACGCCGCGCCGCGCCACGCCGCGCCCCGCCACGCCGGGCAGGCGACGCACCACCGAGCGACUGUACAUGAUUAUUUUUUAAACUAGAAUUACUUUGUAAGCAACCGACGCAUUUUUCAUAUUGUUACAUUUGCACGUUUUUAAGCUAGACCAGGCGCCGCCAGGGGCGCCCUGCCGCUUAGAGCUUUGCUAGGACUGGCGGCACUGGCGGCGGCGGCGGCACCACCACCACCAGCCGCCACCACCACCGCCUGUCCCAAUGGUGCCGCCACCCCAACACCACCACCACCACCACCACUACCACUCCACUGUGACACACACACACACACACACACACACACACACACACACACACACACACCCCAGGCCGUGGGGGUGAGGGGUGGGGUGGGGUUGGGGCGGCGCGGCUCGCGUUCUCUCCAUACAUACCUAUAGUGGUCUCCUGCUACACACACACACACACACACACACACACACACAGACAGACAGACAGACAGACAGACAGACACACACACACACACACACACACACAGACACACACACAGACAGACACACACACAGACACACACACAGACACACACACACACACACACACACACACCUAGAGAGACUCUGACCCUUUCAAGCAAUAAGCAUAGCAAUACUUAGGUUGUUAUUACUACGUACCACGCCGGGCAGGACUCACCACGCCCGCGCCCACGCCCACGCCCACGCCCACGAUACUGGCGGCGUGGGCGCGGGUACUUCCGGCGAGCACUGCAGUAGAUGACUUAUUUUUGUACGAGAGUGUAGCAAGAAACGUGUCGCUGCUUCGUUCAGGGGGAGAGAGAGAGAGAGAGAGAGAGAGAGAGAGAGAGAGAGAGAGGGAGAGAGUGUGUGUGUGAGAGUGAGUGGCGG